AUGACUGGGAAAAUAUUACACGAAGCAGAAAAUUCCUUUUUGGGAUUGGAGGAAAAUAGAUCAUACUGGGCCGCGGGCCGUGUUCUUGGAGGCUCGGAUUGGGAUUUUACGGAUUAUAAUGGAAAGGCCCAACUGGGGUUUUUGCAAACCCAAAUUUUCCCAAAAAGGGUUUUGGAAGAAAUCCGCUUUUCCUAUCUUGGAGUCAGUAAGAAAGAAAACCUUGAUAUUGCAAUAAACUCGUUUGUUACUAAAGUGAAACUAAAUGAUAACGUAGCAACUGGCGUGUAUUAUAUACGAAAUAACAGAAAAUAUUUCGUGCGAGCUAAAAAGGAGGUGAUACUCUCCGCUGGGACUGUAAAGUCACCUCAGAUACUAAUGUUGUCUGGAAUUGGACCAAAGAAGCAUCUUGAAGAUAUGGACAUCCCUGUAGUUGCGGACUUGCCUGUUGGAGAAAAUCUUCAAGACCACAUAUUUUUUGGACUUCAUUCUAAAAUUAACAAGUCUAUUGGUUUAACACAAGAAAGUUUUAAAAGUUUCUCCAGUCUUAUAAGUUAUCAACUUUUUGGCACUGGACCGCUUACUUCUUCAGGUGUUGAAGCUACAGCUUUCAUGAAAAUAGGUGAAAAGAAAAAAGAAAAUUUGUAUCCCGAUCUGCAAAUAGCAUUGUUUAGUGUGAUUCUUAAUUACAAUGGACUUAAACUUAAUAAUAAAGUGAGGGAUAAUUACGAAAGGUUCGUGGAAGAUGUAGAUGGAUUUACAUUCUCUAUUAUAAACACCCACCCCAAAAGUCGUGGUCAUAUCAGACUUCGCACCAAUGACCCCUUUUGA